AUGGUAACAAGGCAGGCAACUCUGCACUCAACAACCAAUAAGGGAGCUCCCUCACCAGUCACCAAUGUGAAAAGAGGAAAGAUUGCAAAGAACAGUAUCUCUUUAUCUUGGCAAGAGCCAGAUCGCCCCAAUGGAAUCAUCCUUGAGUAUGAAAUCAAGUACUUUGAAAAGGAUCAAGAAAGCAGCUACACAAUUAUCAAGUCUAAGGAGACCACUAUUACUGCGGAGGGCCUGAAGCCUGCAUCUGUGUAUGUCUUCCAAAUUCGAGCACGUACAGCAGCAGGCUACGGUGUCUUCAGUCGAAGAUUUGAGUUUGAAACCACACCAGUGUCAGUUGCAGCAUCCAAUGAUCAAAGCCAGAUUCCCAUCAUUGCAGUGUCGGUGACAGUGGGAGUCAUCUUGUUGGCAGUGAUGAUUGGCUUCCUUCUCAGUGGCAGUUGCUGCGAGUGUGGCUGUGGGAGGGCUUCUUCCCUGUGCGCUGUUGCCCAUCCAAGCCUAAUAUGGAGGUGUGGCUACAGCAAAGCAAAGCAGGAUCCAGAAGAGGAAAAGAUGCACUUUCAUAAUGGGCACAUUAAACUGCCAGGAGUAAGAACCUACAUUGAUCCACACACCUACGAAGAUCCCAAUCAAGCUGUCCAUGAAUUUGCCAAGGAGAUUGAAGCUUCCUGCAUCACCAUUGAGAGAGUCAUUGGAGCAGGUGAAUUUGGUGAAGUUUGUAGUGGACGUUUGAAACUACCAGGGAAAAGAGAAUUACCUGUGGCUAUUAAAACGCUUAAAGUAGGCUAUACUGAAAAGCAGCGUCGAGAUUUCCUGGGUGAAGCAAGUAUAAUGGGGCAGUUUGAUCAUCCGAACAUCAUCCAUUUAGAAGGUGUUGUGACCAAAAGUAAACCUGUGAUGAUAGUGACAGAGUAUAUGGAGAAUGGCUCCUUGGACACAUUUUUAAAGAAAAACGAUGGGCAGUUCACUGUGAUUCAGCUUGUUGGCAUGCUGAGAGGCAUCGCUGCAGGAAUGAAGUACCUUUCUGACAUGGGCUACGUGCACAGAGACCUUGCUGCUAGAAACAUCUUAAUCAACAGUAACCUUGUGUGCAAAGUGUCUGACUUUGGACUUUCUAGGAUACUGGAAGAUGAUCCUGAGGCAGCCUACACCACAAGGGGAGGCAAAAUUCCAAUCAGAUGGACUGCCCCAGAAGCAAUAGCUUUUCGAAAGUUCACCUCUGCCAGUGAUGUCUGGAGCUAUGGAAUUGUAAUGUGGGAGGUUGUGUCUUAUGGAGAGAGACCCUACUGGGAGAUGACCAAUCAAGAUGUGAUCAAAGCAGUGGAAGAAGGUUACCGCCUACCAAGCCCCAUGGAUUGUCCAGCUGCGCUCUAUCAAUUAAUGCUGGAUUGCUGGCAGAAAGAUAGAAAUAGCAGACCCAAAUUUGAUGAAAUAGUCAACAUGCUGGACAAGCUGAUACGAAACCCAAGUAGUUUGAAGACACUUGUUAAUGCAUCGAGCAGAGUAUCUACUUUGUUGGCCGAGCAUGGUUCUCUUGGGUCUGGAGCCUACAGAUCAGUAGGUGAAUGGCUGGAAGCAAUCAAGAUGGGCCGAUACACAGAGAUUUUCAUGGAAAAUGGAUACAGUUCAAUGGACGCUGUGGCUCAGGUGACCUUGGAGGAUUUGAGGCGCCUGGGAGUGACUCUGGUCGGGCACCAGAAGAAGAUCAUGAACAGCCUUCAAGAGCUGAAGGUGCAGCUGGUAAAUGGGAUGGUGCCAGUGUAACCUCCACAGGUGUCACUUCUUCAAGUGAACAGCUCUGCACUUUGUAAACAGCCCUGAGAUUUAUUUUAACAAUUAUAGGAGAAAAGGGAAAGGAUUGGUUUCUAAACAUUUAGGGACAUUUGUCUCAGCCUUUGUAUUUGUAAACAAUAUUUUACUAAAUAUCCAGAUCUUCCUCUUGGUGUCUUCAUUUUUCAUGAAACAAAUGGAACCUGCAUAGAGUGAAAACAGGAUAAACAUCCUAUAUUAAAUAGUAAAUAAAUCUUACCCAAUUACUUCCACAGAAUCUUGUACAUGAAAUAUAUCACGACACAGAACCUUUAUAGACUGUUAAGGCAGCCCCUUUCAAAACUUGCAGGGAUCUACUUGAAGGAAAAAUUAUAAAGCCAUGUGUGGGCUAAGAAAAGCUGCAUUUCACUAACAUUUACUUCAAUUCUUAACUUUUACUUCUGUCUACAUGAGUGUAUUGAAGAGCAAUAUGAUUAGAUUACUCCUUAAAACAGUUUGUAAUUUAAAAUGCAAUUUUGUUGUUAAGUUAUAGAAAAUAGUAUAUAAACAUGUUGCUUGCUCAAGGAAAAGUUCAAUACAGGGUGGAUAUUUAUUUUUCUGUAUUAUAUAAUUUACAUGUAGUUGCUCUUCUAGAGACUUUGGGUAAUGAAUGUGUAUAUACUGUAUAGUUUGCAAUAUGCCAGGAACUGACUAACCUUGGACUGUGUGUGUGUGUGUGUGUGUGUGUGUGUGUGUCUGUGUGUGUGUGUGUGAUGUUGGUAUAUUAUGCAAUAUUGUUCUGCUUGCAUUUUUGAUGGUGAUUUAAUUUUGGCAGCAUACAGGAAAGGGUAUUCUAGAUUGUAAUAUGAAUAAGAGAAAUAGUAACCCAUAGACCAAAAUUCAGCCCAAGUUGAUAUAUUUCUCUCAUUUUAAAAGCAACUCAUUACUUUAUUUGAACAGAUCAUGUCAUUAAUAUGAAAUCCCCUUUGGAUUUUUACAAACACAUUCUAGUAUGUCGGACAAAGCAUUUUCACCCAUUAAUCUUAUACCCUUCUCUGAAAUUCCACCUUUCUAAGUUCCAAAAGAUGCUUUCUCAAGCAAAGUUGACACAAAGGGCACAUUAAUGUGGGAUGUAGAGAGAUUUGAGUGUGCUGGCUUCUGUUAGUGUCCAGGCAGGGGGGCAUUCAACAUCUCCCCUUGUGCUCAUCAUUUCAAUCACUAUCAUUGUUACUCAUUUAUAAAACUUUGAAACUAAGAUAGCAGUAAAAAAAAUGAAAAAAAAAUCUGUUGUUACUCAGAAUUUUGUUUCCACUUUUUUCAUCAAUAACUGCUUGUUAACUUAAUUACAUUUUGUCCCCCAUUACAUUACAUCAAUUCUAUUUUGAAGAACCAAUGUAAAAUAUUUAAAAAUUAGACUUGUGAAGUAAUAUAAGACAGUCCUUCAGUACAUUAUAUACACUGCACCAACAAAAAGCUGUCAAAACAGUGAGAGUGACAGUGACCUGAGCAGUAUUUUACAUUGUUGUGCUUUAUAAAAUCAAGAGAAUGGUAUGUGACAUUUGAGGAGCAGAGGACUUUCAGUGCUACAUUAGUAAAAGCAUGUGAGAGAAGUAAGGCCUGCAGGACAGAUGACAGUAUUUUUGUGAAUGGUAGUCCUUGCUCUUGCAAGCGCAUGUUUCAUUUCAAUAUUAACCCAUGCAAAAAAAAUAAUUUGGGAAAAGGAUGCAUCCAUCUUUCAUUCUUUCCUUCCUUCCUUCCUUCCUUCCUUCCUUCCUUCCUUCCUUCCUUCCUUCCUUCCCCAUCCAUUUUAAAAAGAUGAAAUAGCUCUUUGCUAAAAAAAUAAGAAGAGUCAAAACAACAACAAAGGAGUGAACCCCUGUAUGUCCACACUAUAUUCAAGAAAUCUUUAUUGCUUUAGUGAAAUUUUCAGACAAUAUUGAAAGAAGUAGUUUAAUAUUGUCAUGUUAAAAGUGACAGAUAUCAUCAUUGCAAAAGAUGAAUUUCUACAUUUAAACAAACAUAAAACGAUUAAAACUAACUACCAUCAUACAAUGUAAUUGAAGAUUUUAGUAUACUUUACUGAGUUUUGAAAAUUUAUUUGAAUCUUAGUGAUAAAGUAAUUUUGAGACCUUCAUAACAAAAAAUAAAAAAGAUUUACAAAUGCACGUUUUGGAACUUGUACAAGCCAUAGCUAUAUGGUCAUAAAAUAAUGCAUUCCAAAUUGUUUUCUAACUUUGUAGGUUCAGAGAUUAUUGGUGGGUCACUAAUACAUAAGUGGUUGGCUGUUUCAGCUUUCUCACAACAGAAUAAAAAUUAAUUUGAAUCAAAUUUAGUUUUCCAUUUGCAAUUCAAGUGUUACACUGGGAAAGUAAUUCAGAAAGAAUGCUUAAAAGCCACACAGCUUUCAUCCAUAUCUCAAUUUGGUUGAGAGUGUCUAAAGAAUGUCAAUCUGAUUUUAGAAGAAAUAGACUUUUAAAUUAUACGUGCAUUGCCUUCCAAAGAGGAAAGAAUGACUUUCUAAAAUAUUUGUCCACCAUUGGAUGUGUCACCAAUUGAAAAGUGCCAAUCUCAUCUAUAAAUGUGAGAAGUAGAAGAGGGAGAAAACUCUGCUCUCGUGAAAUGUACUGAGUCUGUCACUCAGCACUAGACUUGGCAAAUGCUGGUGGUGUGAAUUCUUUUCCUGUGGAUUCAUUUCCUUACACACAGACUCCCCAAAAUAAAGUCCAGAUUUCUUAAUCUUCACACACACAACUGAUUUGUAAAGUGAUAUGUAACACUACUGUGAGAGGGAGUAGCAGGGAAUUGCUCUGAGCUGACUGUUUCUAUUUAAAGUAAUUUAGUCAACAUGUUUAUCAAUCAUAAUUUAUAUCAAACCAUGCUCUUCACUAGUAUGCAAUCUGGCAAAAAUUGCUGUCUCUGAAAAGUAUUAAUUAUAUAUAAAAUGUAAAGAUACUGAUUUUCAUCAUUUAAAAACUGUAAUGUGCAUGUUUUUUAGUCCUUGUAUUUUAUUAAGCAACCCCGUGUUCUAAAGUAAGAGAAUCAUUGUACAAUUUGUGUAGACAUAUUUUAUUACAACUUAAGAAGUGUGUCUAUAAUUAUUCAUUUUGGAAUUGUCACAAAUAAUGCAAACACUAGUAGCUCUGUCUGUUAAACAAUUUCUAACCACAAUGUAAUAAAUGAGAUACAACUUGCACAUCUCAUGUAAAAGUGGAGUUGUUACUAUCAGUUGAGCACUUAUGUAUUUGCAUGUCUGCUUUUUUAAUUCUACGUGGAAGUGAAAGGAUGUAAACAAGGUAUUUGUAUGUCUAUUGAAGUGGGUUUUCAGAAGCACAAUGAGAAGUUUUUGCCUUUGAAAGGUGUUUUGGCUGUAAUGGUAUUAGAGAUUUAGUAGGUAUGUGAUGUUGCAUAGCAGAAAAUACCACUUUCUCAUUUCGUUCUUUCUAAAAAUUAGGAGGGAGAAUUAAAUGUGAUAAUAAAUAGUCUUUUUUUAAACUUUGCCAGAUGUUUACCCUCAAUGUAAAUAAGAACUAGGGACAAUACUAUGGUGAUGGUGAUACUAAGCCAAUGAAGAGAAUCAUAAUGGUAGCUUUAUUUAAAACUUGAUAGCUUGAAUAAGUCAUCAUUUUUUUCAAUGCUAUACCACAACUGGUUACAUUGAAUAUUUUUCUCUAAUAUGCUUUUAAUUAUAUAGUAAUGUAUCAGAAAAGAAAUAGAUGAGAACUUCCUUCUCUGAUCUUAUUAAUUUAUGAGUCUUUUACAUGCAUUGAUUGUUGAAUGUUCUUGUUAAGAAUGACCACGUAAUUGUCAGUUAGAGAAAGCUGCUAUUCUUUUUUUUUAAAUGUCUGUUUGUAAAAACCAGAUUCAAGUUCCUUUUCUCAAUGUUAUUGAAAAAAAGGAAAGUUGGCAAAAAUAUGUCCCAUCAUUUUAGGCUGGGUGUUA